CCCCGCCCCGGAAAUGCGUGUUUUAGCUUUCUGUGUGCUUAGGUGCCCGAGCUACCGAGGGUCUAGGUCCGGGCAGCCGAAGAGUGUGGUUAGCAAGAUGAACAAAGAUGCGCAGAUGAGAGCAGCGAUUAACCAAAAGUUGAUAGAAACCGGAGAAAGAGAACGCCUCAAAGAGUUGCUGAGAGCUAAAUUAAUUGAAUGUGGCUGGAAGGACCAGUUGAAGGCACACUGUAAAGAGGUAAUUAAAGAAAAAGGACUAGAACACGUUACUGUUGAUGACUUGGUGGCUGAAAUCACACCAAAAGGCAGAGCCCUGGUACCUGACAGUGUAAAGAAGGAGCUCCUACAAAGAAUAAGAACAUUCCUUGCUCAGCAUGCCAGCCUUUAAGAUUGAAUUAGAUUGUGUUGUUUUGUGGUUUUAUUUCUGAAAGUAAAAACUUGCCAUAAAUUAGGAAUCGAUUUCCCAAAAUAAAAUCCUUUUUUGUAUGAUGGUAUACAGUUUUCAGUAAUGAUGUAUACAUUGUAUUGAUUUCCCCUAAAUGUGUUAUUUUAAUAAAUAUCUCAUGAAUGAGUUUGAAGUUUCCUUGGAUUUUGGAAUAAAAGGGACUUUAUUAAUAAUAUACCAGAUUUGUUGAGAGGAAAAUUCAGCAAUUAAUACAGUGUAAGUGUUAAGUAUGUGCAUAUCUCUGUGCUAACAAUUAAGGAGGAGUAAGCAGGCUCUUCUUACUGUCUGGAUGUGGUGUAUUCCUCUUUUGAAUCUCUGCUAUUUUAUAAUACAUGUCCCAUCUUGUACUACAGAUGUCUUAUUUCUGAUUUGUUAUAAAUGCUGAGGGUUGGGGACUGGGUCUUACUCAUCUUUAUGUGCCUUCCUUAUUCCUCAAAGAAUUUACCAUCCUAUUGGAAGAGAGAACAUUUGCAAACUGGCUCCAUACCAAGCUCCUCUCACAUACUCUACUCAUCUGAACUUUGAGAGCAGGAACUAAAUUGCAUCCCCACUUACUAAGGUCAAGAAAGAACUUAAUGGGAAAUAAUCUCCACCUGUAGCUCUGACAUCAAGAUUGCCAAAUCCAAUGGACUCUUGUCUGUUCUCAUGUGACCUCUGCUGGAAUGAGAAUGUUGACCAUCCUGCCGCUUGGAACUUUCUUCCCACUAUUCACAUUGUGCAUCCCUACCACUGGAAGCUCCUUCUGUGUCUUGUGGAAACCUUUUGCUGUAUGGGACUUCAGAUAAUCGUGUUUCUUAGUGUUCCCUCCUGGGCCCUCUGCUUGACUAAUGAUAUACUUUCCUUGGGCGAAUCCCAGGAAAGUUGGGUUGGACCAUGGCUUCAAAUACAAACUUGUUGAUAAAUGGUAAAUUGUUUCUCCAAACCAGACUUCAACCCAGCCUUCAGACCUGUACUCAACUGCUGUGGAUCAGCUUUCUUGGAUGUUCCAUAAAUACCUUAAACUGA